AUGGCGUACAGCGAUUCAGAUGCAGCAAGCUCCGUCGGCAGCAUAGUAGAGGACGCAAGCGAGCCAGAUACGACGACCUUCAAGUGCCUUUUUUGCGAGCAGCAAUGGACUCGGGUACCGGAUAUGUCGACACACUGCAACAGCGAGCACAAGUUUGAUCUGCCAAACACGAUCAAGAGUCUCGGACCAGGAGCCGACGAGCUUACGGUCAUCAAGUUGGUGAACUUCCUAAGGUCUGAAGUACAGAAAGGAGCGUCCUCCGAGAAGAUUGAGAUCCCUAACCUUAGUGGCUCAUCGAGUGACAAAUACCUGCAACCUGUACUUGAGGACGAUGCACUACUGUUUGAACUUGGAGAUCUCAUGCCAGACUCAGACACCAAGGUUGUGGACUAUGAUGAGUUCGAGGCCAAACUACAGCGAGACAUACCGGAAGACUUCUCCAAGAUCAAGAUUACGAGUGACAGGGAUGAGGACUAUUUCGAAUCCUACAAAGGCAACGGCAUCCAUCGCGAGAUGAUCGAAGAUCGCGUACGGACAGAAGGUUACCGCGACUUUAUCGAGAAGAACGCUGAAGUGUUCGCCGGAAAGACUGUGCUAGAUGUAGGCUGCGGUACUGGUAUACUGUCACUCUUCUGCGCCAGAGCAGGUGCAAAGAAGGUCUUCGCUGUCGACAACUCAGGUAUUGCGUUACGAGCAAAGGAGAUCGUCGCAAAGAAUGGAUAUCAAGAUCGCAUUGAAGUCAUCCAGGGACGAGUGGAGGACUUCAACACCCAGCGCUUGAUUGGAAAGGAGAAGGUCGACAUCAUUAUCUCUGAGUGGAUGGGCUACGGCCUGCUGUUCGAAGGCAUGCUUGACUCUGUGCUACGCGCCCGAGACAUGUAUCUCAAACCGGAGGGUAUACUGGUGCCGAGCCACUGCAACAUCCGCCUUGCGCCGAUUGCAGAUGAUGAAUGGAUUGCGCAGAGCACAAGCGAGAAGUUCUGGAAGGACAUCUAUGGGUUCGACUUUUCUCCCAUGAUCGGUGGCGGCCUACUCAACACGCACGAAAUUGGUGUCUUCGACGUUCCGGAACAAUCAUUGUGCGGCUCGGCAUCGUCUCACUUGCUAGAGAUGAAGACUGUGUCUGUCCAAGACCUGAGCUUCAAGGUCCCCCUUCGGAUGACAUUGGACCGCGACAUACAAUCACUCGACGCGGUGGCAAUCUGGUUCGACACACUGUUCAUUCACCCCGGCAGCUCGCAAGACAUCAAGACUGUUGACAGCAUUGAGUGGGGUAGGAAUGGAAUCCCUGGUCUCGGCUUCUCAACUGGCCCGACCAACACGCCUACCCACUGGCAUCAAGCUGUUCUCCUCCUUGACAAGGAGGUCGCACAGAAGCAGAAAUUCGCGAAGGGUACAGUGCUCGAAGGCACUCUGCAGUACGCGAAGGAGAAGGGUGAUGAUCGCGGUAUUACGGUGACGGUGGAAUGGGAAGGUGCUAAAGACGGUGAGAAGGUGAAGGGCAGUGUCACGAGGACAAUGGCUUGAUGGAGGCAGAAGGAUUGGUGAACCAGAUUCCGGACAUAACAACCUUACAGCCGAGAAUGGACCCAGGUCAUCAGUGGCGUGCCGCGACUUUGUACGCCGCGACGACGCGUCUGUAGGCUAGCUAGCAAGCCUCAAGCUGCGAAAAUUCCAAUUGCAAGUUCAGUG